UCAAUGUUCUCCGAGUCUACGUCUAACAAGGGGUGUUUCGCUGUUUCUUUAUCGACACAGUUGUCUCAGACUCUCAGCUAAUUCGUUCGGUACUUCUUCCUAAAAUCACAAAUCAUGCCGUCUGAUGAACGGAAACCUCUUGUCAGUCAUGAUUAUGGGGGAGAUCUGGCUAAUGUUGCACAAGUUGAUGAAGUUCCUCCACCUUAUGGAUCCACAAGUGACACCAACUCAUGGACAACAGGAGCAGCCCAGUUAAACGGAAACCCAAUGGUUACUUGUAGAGUGUGCCAAGCUCUCAUUGAUAUUUCCGGCAAAAAAGAUCAACAUGUUGUUAAGUGUGCUGAGUGUCACGAGGCCACACCAAUUAGGAAUGCCCCUCCAGGGAAAAAAUAUGUAAGGUGUCCUUGCAACUGUCUCUUAAUAUGCAAAGCUACUUCUCAAAGGAUUGCAUGUCCUAGACCCAUUUGCAAGAGGAUCAUCAAUCUGACACCAAACCCAACUAACCCUUCCGUUCCAUCGGUUCCUGGAAUGUGUCGCGUCACAUGUGCUCAUUGCCAUGAUACAUUUCUGUUCAACACCCUGACAAAUGCUUUAGCUAGAUGCCCUCAUUGCAGAAGAGUAUCAUCUGUCGGACCGGAUUUUGCUAGGAAGCGGGCCACAAUUUUCUUAGUUUUAACCAUGGUUUUUAUUGCCAUUGGUGUUGGAGUGACGUGGGGGACUUACCAUAUAGCAGUGUCGAAAGGGGGAAUGUAUGUUGUGUACGUUGGAGCGUUUCUGAUUGCCUUGAUCUUAUUUAUUCGAAGCAUCUAUUAUUGGACGAUGAAAGUCAGCGUGAUAGAAGGUCCCAUGUAAUUAGCUCUUUUGUGUCAUUCGAAAAUCGGUCUUGCGUUUACGUUAGCGUUUUCUUUUCAAUAUUUUCCUUUCUUUUCACAAUGAUGUAAAAUAUGAUUUGGUUAUGAUGGUAAGGAGGGGGGAUAUGCAUAUAUCGCAUUCGAAGAAUGGUAAAACAGAAGUACGUUUGAUGCGUAGGACAUUCCAGGUUCGCAUUGGUUAUUUUACCUUUAAUUUGGCGCCUCCAAUUCUUGAUUCAACUUGCAAUUUCUCCUUAUCAACAAUUUAAUUGUUUACCACCCUCUCUUCUGAAAUUUCCCUAUUUUACAUAGCGCUCGGUCGAUAAUAUUUGCAUUUCCUUUCGGAACUCUGAGAUAUACAUCUAUUGUAACAGUCACAUUACGAUAGAGGAUAUUAAUCCAUGAAGCAGGCCUUAUGUCAUUGAGUGGGCCAAGGUUAAAACUGAAUAAAAAAAAACCUAAUGGCUUCCAUACAAGCACUCAAUUCGUUUACCGCUAGUAGUACUCCUAGAACCUGAAGUCUCGUCCUUCGGCGAUCGAGAAAAGCUCCUUUCAGUGAUUUCAUUUGUUUUCUCUGGUCUAAAAAAUUUAUUAAUAAUAUGUGAAGGGCUCUGCCUCGUGUAUAUUUGCGGCAGAUCAAGGGAGUAGGCUUCAUUACGGGAUUAAACGUUCUAGAGAUAUCCGUGAGUGUUGCGAGUUGGAAUACGUCUUGUUUUGAAUAAAUGCGCAUAGACUCUU